CCCGGGGAUGCUCUCGUGCGGGCGAUUCGGAAGGAACGACUCGAGUCUGGAUCAGUGAAUUGAGCAAAAUAUCCAUUGAGUGCAGUGAAUGAGGUCGUCAUUCACUGUUUGUCGAUCCACCCUGUCAGCCCGGAGCGCUGUCAUCUUGGCGCCGGCAUGCGAUAACGAGAAGAGGAUAACUUACAUACCUUCGCACCUGCCGUGUGUGCAACAAUCACCGCACCUUCCACACCUCCUCUGUGACAACAAUAGCUUGGCAGAAAUGGGAAGCGUCUUCAACGAAUCCUCACCCGCCGUCACUCCAUCUCUCACCAGACCAACCAAACCACCCUCCGCCAAUGGCCGCUCGUUGAGCCCAGCUUCUAAAAAAUCUUAGCGCUCACGCCAUCUCCACCAACACCCACACCAUGCCGUUCCGCUUCCGUUCAGCCUUGCUGUUCGCAAUAGCCUUGCUCGGCCUCCUUCAACCCGCCAUCUGCGCGAAUGGCGGAGGUGGGAAAAGCAAUGCAGACGAUGGCUACAUCUCCUACACCAAUGCCCAAGGCCAAACCGUCUUGUUAGCAGACGAUCGCAGACCUUCCUUGUACACUGGCAACUACGGAGACUGCUUAGGCAGUAGUCUCAUCAACGUCACUCGCUUCGAUGCCGCCUACUACCAGGACAACAUGACUGUCAUCUUCCACUUGGAGGGCAAUACUGCUCUGCAGAAUGAGAGCGUCGUCAUGUACAUUGGAGUCUACGCAUACGGCUCCAGCAGAUUCGACUUGCUCUUUAACCCCUGCCAGGCCAACAUUCAAAGCGCCUGUCCGCUGAACAGCAGCGUACCUAUCGUUGCCAGCGGCACCACCCCCAUAGCUCCAAGCGACAUAUCCGACAUUCCAUCAAUAGCCUUCACCAUCCCCGACUUCGAAGGCCAGGCCAUCCUCCGAAUCUUCGCCAACAGUACGGAGAGCGAGAUUGGCUGCUACUCGGCUGUCAUUACGAACGGCAGUUCGUUCGCGCAGCCCAAGAGCGUCGGCACCAUACUUGGCAUCUUUGCAUUUCUCGCAAUGAUUGCGUCGUUUGCCACCGCAAUCUACGGCGAAGCCAUACCCACCAUGCGACUGCAUUAUGCUCAUUCACUGUCGGUUGGGGUCGUCUUUGCAGUCUAUCAACACAUCUUCUUCACCGGCGCCUUGUCCGUGAACUGGCCCUCCGUGCUAGUAGCCUGGUGGCACAACUUUGCCUGGAGCGGUGGAGAAAUCUACGUCGCUAGCAUGCAACGAAGCAUCGACCACUUGAUUGGUACCAACGUCGGAAAUACAUCCGAGGUCGGCGCGGCGCCGUCGACAAGCAAUGAUGUGGUCGGCGGCGGGUACGACAUCAGUCAAAUCUACAAGAGAGCGUUUGGCGCUACUCGGAGACUGGCUAGCAACCACCCUCUACUCCGAGAUCUUGCGUCAGAGAUCUAUGGUGAGUCCGCCAUACAGCGGCGUGACGCUUUGCCGAACAAAUCCGACGGCUACAGCUAUUACGGACACCCCAUCGGAGCGGGCAUGCCUCUUCCUGGCAACUACUCCGGCUUCGCGGGAACACUGGCACAGGAGAACAUCGCCGUCAGCAAUGCAUUCGUGACCGGAUUGCUAUGGUUUUUGAUCCUGCUGGCAGGUGUCAUGUUUGCAGUGGCGAUGUUCAAGGGCAUGCUGGAACUACUCGCUCGCCUCCGCGCCAUCCAGCACGAUCGGCUCAAGUUCUUCCGCGACCGCUGGAUCGGCUACACCGGUCUCGCUGCUCUGCGGACUUGCUUCAUCGCCUUCUUCAUGAUGAUGUUCUUGACUAUUUUCGAGUUCACCUUCCAGUCAUCGGGUGGUGUCAAAGCCGUUGCUGCUGUGGUCUUCUUGAUCUUCCUUGUUGGCUUGGGAGGGGCCGCAGGCUAUGCAUGCUACUACAAGAAACGCUAUGUCGAUGGGCAGGCCGGAAGCAUUAAGGAGCAUAAGAAACUCCUUGGGGUCAUUCCUUGGCCGGUGUCCAAGAAAGUGGAUCCAUAUGCCGGCGAUGCUCCACCACCAAACGAGGAAGGAGAGAAGGGCACUGGACACGCAUCUUUGAGCAGAGCGAACGAAGCUGACGACGUGACACCAACCUCGGACGUCGUGGAUAAUAUCCACGACAACGAAGAUUACACCACCAAGUUCGGCUGGCUCGCUUCUCGCUUCCGGCGCACACGCUGGUGGUUCUUUGCCGUUUGGCUUCUCUACGAAUUCGUUCGUGCCGCCUUCUACGGCGGGGCAUCGGGACACCCUCUCACUCAGGUCUUCGGUCUGCUCGUGGUGGAAUUCAUUGCCUUCGCCUUCGUCGUCUGGGCGCGGCCUUUCGAGGGCAGGCGUUUGAAUGUCCUCGUUGUCUACUGCUUGGGAUUCAGCAAAGUCACCACUGUCGCCCUUUCGGCCGCCUUCGACGUCACAUUCAACCUGCAGCGCAUCACCACCACCGUAAUCGGCAUCGUCAUUAUCGUUAUCCAGGGAAUCCUCACAAUCAUAACGCUGAUUGCAAUCAUCGUAGGCUGCAUCAGCAGCUACAUGUCAGUCUCACGGAACCGCGAACAAUUUCGACCGAAGGACUGGCACGGCCACCGGGAGAAGUACUUCGAUCAUCUCGACCGUACGGCUAACGACCUACCCCGAGAACCGAAGCCGAAGAAGGAGAAGAAGAAGUCCGAACCUCCCGUCGAGCCUGUCGUUGGCUUCGAGGUGCGCGGCAUAAGGCGCCAGGAUAAGAUCGAGGAUGAAGAUGAAGAGUUUGCUUCGGAGAUGCGCUCGCAAGCGCCUGAGCCAACUCAUCUCGCCUUGAAUGACCUGUCAAAAGCGCCCAUGUACCCUUCUAAGAUGCCUGAGGAGAGGGUGAGGAGUGGAGCGGCGUCGCCAGUUGGCGCCAGUCGCCCGGCAAGCGUGGGUGGUCUCAGCCGCUCGGGAAGUGCGGCUGGUGUCAGUCGCGCAGGCAGCGUGCGAAGCUUGAGCCAGAGCAAUCUGCCCUACGGCGCACGGCCCCAUCGACCGAGCUGGUCUGCGAAGGACUUCAGAGACUACAACCCCGCUCCUGAAGGCGAGGGUAUCGCCUCCCGACCUCGAUCAGCGAACUUCACUUCCGCCGGCGACGCCGACGACUACGACGAACCAAGCGCUCCGCUGGCACAGAGGAGGUGGAGCAGUCACAGCCGCACCUCGUCGCUGCGAAGCAACAGAAAAGUCCCACACUGGAACCCUAGCAGCGAGUCUCUGAAGAUCGGAGGCGAUGUUAGCACGCGCGAUACUAUUGGCAAUGUGCCGCCGCCGCUCACGCGCUCGCGCCCGAAUUCCUUCAGCCGAGGACAUCGCCGCAGUCUUUCGGGGCAGGCAAUCGAGGAUGAAGGAGGCGAGGGCGAUUUUCAAGCUGCGACUCCGCAGAGGGGUAGUAGGUAUUUGCCGAUGAUGACGCCGGCGCAGGAGAGGGACGAGUGGGUUGCUGGAUCGUCGAGUGUCCAGGCGGAGGAACAACCUCAGAUACUGGAGCAGCCGCAGACACAGGAAGGAGCUCAAUGAGCUAUGGGGCGCUGGGAAUGUCCACGGCGUUCGAUUUGCAUUGCUUUCGGGGGAUGGGUUAGGCGAUGGGUGCUGUGCUUCCGGCACACUGGCGAAACCGACGAAGCUUAACGCAGCGAUUUUGGGAUUUGGAGAAUGGUGCUUGGGAUGCUGAUAUCCGGGAACAGUUAAACCGUAUAGAGCAGUAGAGGACAGCUAAGAUAUGUUUACAUCAGAUGA